UUAUUAUUAUUAUUAUUAUUAAUAAAUAAACGAGGAAAGGGCCGCAGUCCCGCCCCAGGGCUCCGGGUGGCGCUCGAGAGGCGGCCUGUCGCAGCGACUACCGAGAGGCAAGACCUCCGGGGGGGGCCUAGAGCGGUACCGGAAGUGGCGGGCAGGGGGCGGGCGCUCUGCCCCGCUCCCCCACUUCCGGUCCGUGUCGCUGCUCCCUUUGGGUUCAGGCCGCGCCGGACCCCGGGGGCAGGAGCCGAAGACGAGCCCAGGCGAGAGAUCGUUUACUGAGCGCCUCUGCUGAAGAUGGCGGGGGCGGAGGACCCCCGGGAGACUCAGGGGAUCCUCGUAGUGAAGGUGGAAGACGGAGAGGAGGAAGAAGAGGAGGAGGAGGAGGAGGAGGAAGGCGAAUGGGAAGAAUCCCGCCGGCGCUUCCGUCGAUUCCGCUACCGGGAGGCGUCGGGCGCCCGCCAGGCCCUGGGCCGCCUGCGGGAGCUGUGCCGCCUGUGGCUGAGGCCCGACCGGCGCACCAAGGAGCAGAUCCUCGAACUCCUGGUCCUGGACCGGUUCCUCGCCAUCCUGCCCGCCGACACCGGGGCCCGGGUGCGGAUCCGCCGCCCCCGGAGCGGCGACCAGGCCGUGGAGAUGGUGGAGGAGCUGGAGCGGGAGACGGCCGAGCCGGUGAUGGAGGUGCCCGCCGCGGCCCACGGCCGCCUCGACCCGGACGCGACGACGCCACCGGACCCUCCCCCCGUCGGCAGGCGGACCCGGCUCCGACCCGGCCCCCUUCGGGAGCGCCAGCACGGUGGCGAGGGCGGAACGGAGCGGGAGGACGUGAGCCCGGAGCGGGCGCUGUCGGGGGAGACGCCCUCCUCCCCCGGGGAGCCCCGGCCCGGCCCGGCGGGAGACGGGGACCCCGCGCCCCGCCCGGCCGAGGGGCCGCCCGCGUGCCACGGGUGCGGCCGGGCCCCCUCCCCCCCGGCCCGGCCGGGCGCCCCCGGCCCGAAGCCCUACCCCUGCCGCCAGUGCGGGAGGGCCUUCGGCCACCGCUCGACGCUCGUCAACCACCGGCGGACGCACACGGGCGAGCGGCCCCACCGCUGCCCGGACUGCGGCAAGGCCUUCGGCCGCAGCUCCCACCUGGUCCGCCACCGGCGCAUCCACACCGGCGAGCGGCCCUACGGCUGCGCCCAGUGCUCCAGGGCCUUCAUCGACCGCGCCACCCUGCUGGUCCACCGCAGGACGCACACGGGCGAGAGGCCCUACGCCUGCCUCCGCUGCGCCAAGGCCUUCGGCCACCGCUCCACGCUGCUCAAGCACCUGCGCGCCCACGCCCGGGAGAGGCCCCGCGCCGCCUACGGGGCGGCCCGGCCCCGGCCCCGGCCCGAGACCGGGGACUGA